GUGGGUUACUCUGCCUAAGUAUGACGCUAUGUCAGCCAUGAGUCAAUUAAACGCUUGAAACCAAGGACAAUGUUAGCCUUUCAGUAUGCCGAAGAUUCCUAUCCGCUUAAACAAUCGCGUAUGAUUGAUGGACCCUAACCCUUUGUGUCUUGAGCUCCGGAGUCCGGACCGGUGAUGUCAACCUUCCUGACCGACAACAUGCCAACUCCGAGUCCAGUUUCAGCUAAGCUCUCAUAAACAUACGGCCGCCACCAAUUGACUCACAGUUCUUCCACAAAACUCACUUUCAGACGGGCAGAAAACCAAUACAAUACAAACCCACCCAAAAUGUUCCGCCAGUCCCUCAUCAGACCGCUCACCUCCACAGCAACUGCAGCCGCGACCCGCCGCUUCGUUCCCGUCGCUGCUCCUCGCUCGAAGAAGCUCUUCCACACCACACCUCGCGUUUUGGUGAACGUGGGCGACCCGCUCCCGGACACGGACGCCCUGAUGGAGAACACGCCCGGCCAGCGCGUGAACCUGGCCGAGGAAGCCAAGAAGGUGAACAACAUGCUGCUGAUCGGGGUGCCCGCCGCCUUCUCGCCGGCCUGCUCGGCGCGCCACGUGCCCGGGUAUAUCCAGCACCCGAAGACGAAGGAGUUCGAGCUGGUUGCCGUUGUGUCGGUCAAUGAUGUUUUCGCCAUGAAGGCUUGGGGUGAGACGCUGGAUCCAGCGGGAACUCAGGGGAUCCGUUUCCUUGCCGACCCUACUGGCAAGUUCACCAAGAUGCUGGACAUGUCGUUCGAUGGGUCGGCCAUCUUCGGCGGGGACCGUUCCAAGCGGUAUGCCAUCAUCGUGGAGCAGGGGAAGGUUAAGUCGGUCGCUGUCGAGCCCGACAACACUGGUACCGAUGUGUCGCUGGCGGAAAAGGUGUUGGCCGCUGCUGCUUAGUGCUAUGCAUCUCGCGCAGGUAUAAUAUGGGCUACGGAGAAGGGACCAUAGCAGUUUCAGACGGAGUUUCACUGGCAUUUCAUUUCAAGACGCAAAGGCGAAUACAACAGGUACCGACACUCAAGGAAGACUUGAAAGAGAG